AUUUUGUUGCGCGACAAGCCUCGUUGCUUUUACGAGGUGCAGAAUGCUAACAGACAAUCGCGAUGACUCCACCCAUGACCUUUCUUAGCUCAGCUUAUUGAUGCAUCUUGCAACAAGCCAUUCACCGGAACCUGUUCACACCUGCGUCUAAGCCUCCUUAUCGAGGUCCUGUGCAAGAUCUGGUGAUGAAUUGUUGACAGUGAGUUAUGACAGGCAGCCAUCUGUCCAGCUCCUCGAAAAUGGCGAAGUACAAGAGAACGUGUUGCCCGCUUCUAGGAAAGCGGUACAUCAUCUUGAUCGUUCAGAAUCGCACUGUCUGAGUCUAUUUAGACAUGGUCUUCUUUUCCCGUCCUCUAUCCUUGACGGCGUUUGCUGCAUUGCUCUCGCUCGUCACCUCCGAUCCUGAAUCAAUAUGUUACUCAUACGGUGUCGACUUCGUUGAUGAGGGUUCAUACUUUAUCAAUGAAGCGUCCACAGAAGCCUUCACUGCUGUCUCUACCUUCAAAGGAUGCCAAGCAGAUUUGUCGGAUAUCUUGUUCGUGGAUCCAAACGAUACAGAGUACCUCUGCUCUAAGGUGGAAACUACGCCUGACGAUGACCCCAAACUAUCGACAUGUCCCAUCCAGAAAAGUCAAAUGUCAUCUGGGCAUUGGAUUCUUCUCAUUCUGGGCAACAACGGCAAAGAAGGUCAACCAUUCGCGUGGCAGAGAGAUUUGUACAUCACUGUUGGCGCACAAGCGACCAUGACCUACACACCCACGGUCACUUUCAGCAUAACCGAAGUACCAGUCACCACUAUGACUGCAACAGCAACGUUCACCGACGUGUCCACUAUCGGCCCACUGUCGACUGUAACAAUCCCGAGUGGAACUGCGAAGAAGAUUAAGACUGUAACACCCAAGGCAGUUACUGCAACUUCCACAAAGCUGAUGACGAGGACAUCUAUCACAUCGACCAGAAAGGCCGUUACCACCACUAAGACUGUCACUGCCACAUGCACGACACCGGGUCGCCCAACUCGACCUGACAAGCCCUGCACAUACUCACCCACUCUGCUCCACCCUGCUGCUCUGGUCACCCCUACGAGCUUGCCAAAGCUUCACCGCUUUGUGCGCAAAUCCGACCGGGCUGUUGACUACGAGUGGGCUCGCGCGCGUGUGGAAGCUGCUAAGCAGAAGCGGGCUCGAAUAGUUGGUCCUGCACUCGAGCGUCGCGCCCCAGACGCUCCAACAUCCACUAUUACGGGUACUGUGCCAGUGAGCACGACGACAACGAUUAUUCAGCCGACGCUCACAACAACGGAAUCUGUCCUACAAACAGUAUCGACCACGACAACUUUGCCUGCAGCUACUGUACUAAGUGGUCUCCUGACGUUGACUACUACGCUCCCCACUCCUACAAAAACCAAGGUCAGCCAUCAAUACAUCACAAUAACGUCUACCAAGAACUUUGGCGUCACAUAUACGAGGGUAACAACCGUAACUCCAACGUCUGCAGUCUCCGCAUGCAAGAAGAAGGGGGGUCACUUUUGGUAAUCCGAGAUUUGAGCUCACGGCUGAACGGUGUUUUAUUUCGAGAUUUCAAUGACAGGUCUUUGUAUAAUUAGUAUAUCUGGUCGGGUUACAGCUCUCGUGUUAUACUAUACCUCUUGAAUUUACCUUCCGCCGAAUUUGCAGCCUUGGCACAACCCUAAUCAGCCCGAUGCAGCUCAAAAUUUAUAGACCCUGCGUGAUUU